AUGGGUAUUAAACAGCUCUUCUCCAUCAUCAAAGAUGAGGCUCCGGAUUCCAUCAAGGAAGGCGAGAUCAAGAAUCAGUUCGGCCGCAAGGUCGCCAUUGAUGCCUCGAUGAGCAUUUACAGCUUUCUGAUUGCCGUCCGGUCUGACGGCCAGCAGCUGAUGAAUGACACCGGCGAGACCACCUCGCAUCUUAUGGGCAUGUUCUACCGCACUCUUCGCAUGGUCGACAACGGUAUCAAGCCCUUGUACGUUUUCGACGGUGCUCCUCCCAAGCUCAAAUCCGGAGAAUUAGCCAAACGUUUUCAACGCAAGCAGGAGGCCACCGAGGGUCUCGAGGAGGCAAAGGAGACGGGAACGGCCGAAGAUGUUGAGAAGUUUUCGAGGCGGACGGUGCGCGUGACUCGAGAGCACAACGCCGAAUGCCAGCGGCUCCUGAAGCUCAUGGGUAUCCCCUACAUCAUUGCACCCACCGAGGCUGAGGCGCAAUGCGCCGUGCUUGCGAGAGCCGGCAAGGUUUACGCCGCUGCCAGCGAGGAUAUGGACACUCUUUGCUUUGACACACCAAUUCUAUUGCGCCACCUUACUUUCAGUGAACAGAGAAAGGAGCCUAUUCAAGAGAUCCAUCUUGAUAAGGUCCUUGACGGCCUGAACAUGGAGCGAAAGCAGUUCAUCGACCUCUGUAUCCUCUUGGGUUGCGACUAUCUCGAUCCAAUUCCCAAGGUUGGACCAUCCACUGCUCUGAAGCUCAUCCGCGAACAUGGCUCCCUCGAAAAGGUCGUCGAGGCUAUGGAAAAUGACCCAAAGAAGAAAUACACGAUUCCUGAUGACUGGCCGUUCCGAGAUGCGCGGGACCUGUUUUUAGAGCCGGAUGUCCGAAAGGCUGACCACGCCGACUGUGAUUUCAAGUGGGAGAAGCCUGAUAUGGAGGGUCUUGUUCAGUUCCUUGUGACUGAGAAGGGAUUCUCCGAAGAUCGAGUGCGAGGUGCGGGAGCAAGACUGGAGAAAAACAUGAAGAGCUCGCAGCAGGCACGGUUGGAGGGUUUCUUCAAGCCUCUUCCAAAGACGGAUGCUGAGAAGGCAGCACACAAGCGCAAGUUGGAGGCUCAGCAGGAGGAGAAGAAGAAGAAGCAAAAGCAAGACAAGAAGGACAAGGCGGCGGCAAAGUCGAAGCCGAGAGCGGCG